CCAGCACCAUGUCCGCCGCCGCAUCCAGCUCGAGCCGGCCCCCGGUGGUACGCCCCGCCGACAUGCCCGAGGACAAGUACACCGCCAUCAACACAUACAGACAGAAAGUCAAGGAGCACAGCCGCAUGUCCGACAACCUCAAGACGGUACGAAUGAACAUCAGGACGCUUGGGAAGGACUUUGACAGGACGGAGGAUGAUAUCAAGGCGUUGCAGAGUGUGGGGCAGAUCAUUGGCGAGGUGCUCAAGCAGCUUGACGAAGAGCGAUUCAUCGUGAAAGCGUCCUCCGGCCCUCGCUACGUCGUAUCCUACCGCCCCACCCUCCCCGCCGCCAAACUCAAACCCACCACCCGCGUCGCCCUCGACAUGACCACCCUGACCAUCAUGCGUAUCCUCCCGAGGGAGGUGGACCCGAUGGUGUAUAAUAUGAGCCUGGAGGACCCGGGGAGCGCGACGUUUGCGGGGAUUGGAGGGUUGGGGGAGCAGGUGAGGGAGUUGAGGGAGGUGAUAGAGUUGCCGUUGAUGAAUCCGGAAUUGUUUGAGCGCGUCGGUAUCAACCCCCCCAAGGGCGUGCUCCUCUACGGCCCCCCCGGUACUGGCAAAACCCUCCUCGCCCGUGCUGUCGCUGCUACGCUCAAUACCAACUUUUUGAAGGUCGUUUCUUCUGCCAUCGUUGACAAAUACAUUGGCGAAUCCGCCCGGCUCAUCCGCGAAAUGUUUGCCUACGCCAAAGAACACGAACCCUGCGUCAUCUUCAUGGACGAAAUCGACGCCAUCGGCGGGCGCCGUUUCUCCCAAGGCACCUCUGCCGACCGCGAGAUCCAGCGUACCCUCAUGGAGCUGCUCAACCAGAUGGACGGCUUCGACUCUCUAGGCCGGACCAAGGUCAUCAUGGCGACGAACCGGCCGGAUACGCUGGACCCGGCGCUGUUGAGGCCGGGGAGGUUGGAUCGGAAGAUUGAGAUUCCGCUGCCGAAUGAGCAGGGGAGGUUGGAGAUUUUGAAGAUUCAUGCGAAGGGGGUGAAUAAGGGGGGGGAUAUUGAUUAUGAGGCGGUGGUGAAGCUUUCGGAUGGGUUCAAUGGGGCGGAUUUGAGGAAUGUUUGCACCGAGGCAGGCAUGUUUGCCAUCCGCGACGACCGAGAUGCCGUCGUCCAAGAAGACUUUAUGAAGGCUGUUAGGAAGCUUAAUGAGGCAAAGAAGCACGAGACUGGAUUGUGAGUUUAUCUCUUUUCCUGUGCCCUUUCCUUUCCUUUGUCCUAUCCGAUUCCUGCCUUCUUCUCGCCCUUUCCGGACUCGUCUCAACGACCUCGCCUCGACCCGUCGACUCGUCGACUCGCGUUUCAUCGAAGGGUGGUAUGCUAACGAUUGAUCUAGGGACUACAAUGUCGUAUAAAGAACGAGUCGAAGGACUCGAAUGACUCGGAUGGUUGUGAUACGGUGGGAUGCAUUGUGUGGAUUCUUCUCCUUUCUCCUUUUCUUUCCACCACUUCACUUUCACAUUGGGACCGGAAUCGGAGCGUCCAAGACGAGGUGUGGGCUGUGGCUUUUUGAAGCUGAAGCUUGAGGGCCGGGUUCCAGAGACGAGCACGGGAAGAUAUGAUAAAAGGCAGUGAGAGAAGGGGGAAGAGCUGAUUACAUGAUUUUCCCUCGUU